AUGCCCGCGAGAACCGGGGCCGCAUACCUGGCCGGAUUGAAAGAGCAGCAGCGGGAGAUAUGGCUGGACGGCCGUCGCGUCGACGACGUGACGGAGUUUCCGGGCUUGGCCAACGGGGCGCGAUCAAUCGCGCAGCUUUACGACAUGCAGCACGAUGCGGCUGCGAGCUGCGCGAUGACCUACGCCUCGCCGGCGACCGGCGACCCGGUGGGACUGUCGUUCAUCAUCCCGCGGACGAAGGAUGACCUGGCACGGCGCAGGGAAAUGAUGUCGCGGUGGGCCCAUGCGAGCUACGGAAUGAUGGGACGGACGCCGGACUUCCUGAACGUAACGAUCAUGUCGAUGGCGGCGGCCGGAGACUUCUUCGGUGACAACCGACCCGAAUUCAAGCAGAACGUCACCGACUACUACGAGCACGCCCGGGACAACGACCUCUGCAUGACCCACACGCUGGUAAACCUCCAGCGCAACCGGGCCCCGUCGGCGACCUCGAUGAACUACAGCACCGAUGUCGCGCUACACGUGGUCAAGGAAACGGACGCCGGGUUGGUGGUACGGGGACCGCGUGUCUUGGCGACGCUGGGUCCGCUUUCGGACGAAAUUAUGGUCUACCCGACGCGCUCGUCGUUGCUGGCCAGAGACGAAGACGCGCACAAGUACGCGUUCGCGUUCGCCGUGCCGUGCGGCAUCGACGGGUUGAAAUUCAUCUGCCGGGAAAGCUUCGACCUUGGAAAGUCCCACUUUGACCACCCACUGGGGUCGCGGUUCGAGGAGAUGGACGCAAUCGUCUAUUUCGACGACGUGCUGGUGCCGUGGGAACGGGUCUUCAUGUACGGAGACCGGCACAAAUGCAACAACAUGUCGGCGGAAACGGGGCAGUACGUGCAUACGGGUCACCAGGUGGUGACCAAGAACGUAGCCAAGUGUGAAUUCAUCACCGGGAUUGCCAGCCUCAUGGUAAACACCCUGGGCAACGGCGACGUCCCGCAGGUACAAGGUCUGCUGGCGGAGUUGGUGGAAAACCUGGAGAUCACCAAGGCGCUGCUGACCCAGUCGGAAGUGAACGCGAAGCUCGACAAUUGGGGAGUGAUGCUGCCGGACCGGGUGCCGCUGAACGUGGCACGAAACCUGUUCAUCAAGAUGUAUCCACGGAUGGCGGAGAUCAUCCAGUUGCUGGGAUCGAGCAGCCUGAUGGCGUUGCCGUCCGAGCAAGACUUCGGUGGACCGAUGGGCGAGGUUCUGGAUACAUACCUCGACACGGAUACUGCCACGGCGCGGGAGAGGGUUCGAUUGUUCCGGCUGGCCUGGGACGCAGCGUGCAGCUCAUUCGCCGGUCGGCAGGUACUGUAUGAGCGUUACUUCCAGGGCGACUGGAUGCGGAACGCGGCGUUGUUGCUGGGCAUCUACGACCGGGAGCCAAUGAUGGAGCAGGUGCGAGAAUUCCUGGAGCGUGACUGA